UUCAUCGGCACGCCUUUCCCAGUGAGGACAACAUGGCGGCCUCCUUGCGUUUGGGUCGUCAAGGAAUAUUGUUUGGCCUUAAAUUAUCCAAUAUUAAUAAAUCUUUAUGGGGUGCACAGUCAUUACAGGAGCAUGCCAGGCACCUCUUUCAGUCUCCAAGGGAUUUCGGUAUCGCACCACUCAAAGUGCAAAUGCCAGCUCUCUCACCAACCAUGGAAGAGGGGAACAUCAUCAAAUGGCUAAAGAAAGAAGGUGAGGAAGUGGCAGCAGGUGACGCCCUUUGCGAAAUUGAGACUGACAAGGCUGUUGUCACCAUGGAAUCUAAUGAUGACGGAAUCUUGGCAAAGAUCCUGAUGGAGGAGGGAAGUCGCAAUGUGCGCCUCGGAACUCUCAUUGCUGUGAUGGUGGAAGAAGGACAGGACUGGAAGCAGGUUGAGAUUCCUCCUCCAGAUGCUGCAGCAGCUCCAUCUGUAGCUCCACCCGAACGUGUUGUGCCCCCUGCUGCUCCUUCGGCACCUUCUCCACUAAGAACAGUCAGCUCGGGACCGUUACGACUAAGCCCGGCAGCAAGACACAUCCUAGACACUCAUGGCAUUGAUCCAAAGUUGGCCACUCCCACGGGACCAAGAGGACUAAUCACCAAGGAGGAUGCAUUAAAUCUUAUGAAGAUGUCUCCUGGGCCAAAAACAACACCCAUCCAGCCUGCUCCACCUGCCCCGAGUCCUGCCCCAACCCCAGCAGCUCGUCCUCCACCACCAAGCAGCAGACCUAACAUGCCACCUCUAUCUGUCCCAGGGAAACCAGGAGCACCGGGCACUUUCACGGAGCUCCCAGCCUCAAAUGUCCGCCGCGUGAUUGCUCAACGACUAACUCAGUCCAAAACCACCAUCCCCCAUGCUUACGCCUCUGUUGACUGUGACAUGGCAGCCGUCAUGAAGCUUCGUAAAGACUUAGCCAAAGAGGACAUCAAAGUUUCUCUUAAUGAUUUCAUUAUCAAGGCAGCUGCUGUUACUCUUAAAGAGCUACCAGAAGUGAACGUUACCUGGUCAGGUGAUGGACCCCAAGUCCUUGACUCUAUUCACAUUUCAAUUGCUGUGGCAACCGACAAAGGACUCAUUACUCCCAUAAUCAGAGAUGCUGCAAUCAAAGGAGUUCAGGAGAUCUCAACAAAUGCUAAGACAUUGGCCCAGAAGGCUCGAGAUGGAAAACUUCUACCUGAAGAGUACCAGGGCGGCUCAUUCAGUAUAUCCAAUCUAGGGAUGUUUGGAAUCAGUGGCUUCAGUGCUGUGAUCAACCCUCCGCAGGCGUGCAUCCUCGCGGUCGGAACCUCCAGGGAUGAAUUACGUCUUUGUGAGGAUAACCAGACCCUGCGUACCCAACAGCUGAUGACUGUCACAUUGUCUAGCGACGGGCGGCUUGUCGAUGACGAACUGGCCUCAAGAUUUCUUGACAGGUUCCGCGCUAACCUAGAGGAACCUGAGCGCAUGGCUUUAGCCUGAAAUAUGAUGACCGCUAAAUGGCGAUAAAUUAAAAACGCUUGACGAGGCAUGCCCUCGUGAAGAGGGAGCUCUGGAGAAAAAAAAAACAUUUCCCAUCAUGUUUGUUCAUGGCAUGGGUUGUACUGUUCAUUGUGGAAAGACAGUUGCACUCACAAUUAUCCAACCCCCAUUGUAAACAUAUCCAUCCAUUUUCGAUACCGCUUUUUCUCAUUAAGGCCACGGGUGAGCUAUAGACUAUUGCCAUUUGCGGCCCACGCCUGUUUUUUUAUUGGUCCAUAGCACAUUCUGGAAAAAAAAACAGCAGCAGCAGCAUAAAAAAUGGAAAUAUCAGCAGUAAUAUUGUCAGAAGAAAGUCAAAAUAUUAUUAUUUUUUAAAGUGACACUUUAAAAAAUGUUGAUAUGUUGAGGUAUUUCAAUUUGGUUUCUAAACUUGGCAGAUAAAUAAAAUUUACACUAGUGUUGAAUCAUUUUGAGUGCAGCUGUAUGUGCAGGGUCCUUUUGUGGUCUUUGAAAGCCACCAGGCUUUACAAUGAAACUGUCCAACUGUGCUGUCUCUCUGGUUGAGGAAAAAUACCAGCUUGGAAUUUACCAGGGUGCAUCCGACAUUAAACGUUCCUCCUACCGCACAUUUUGGUGUAUACAUACUGUAUGCAUAUAUUUAAUGCUCUUGCGGCUGUACAGUGUGGAAAUCUAUAAUACUAUAACACUGUAAUCAUCUUUAAUCAAACAUUUGUUCGGGAUAUUUAUUGCAGCCGCCUGAGCCAUUUCCUGUUACAUUCAGAUUUUAGUGAUUUCAUUAAUACAAUGUUGGGAAACAAAAAACUGUCAAGAGUCCUUUUAUGUAAAGAAAGUAGUUUAUGUAAGUUAUCUGCUCAUGUGAAAUAAAAAUGUCACUGAUGACUGAUUAUUAAUGUAUUUUGACAUUCAUUUAAUCAAAUCUGUCCAGCAACUCAGUGCAGCAGGGGAAAACCACAGAUGUUUGUGUGUGUUUUAAUUAGAAUAUAAAGAGAUUGUGUAAUUUAAAAAAAAAAAAAAGAAAAGAAGAAGCCAAUUAGGAUAAUUUCCUGUGGCAAACAUACCGGUCAACCUCAACUGACAGAUGUUCCUAUUUGCCCCAAGUGUGCACUAAGCAGCUGUUAAUGUACAGAUCUGUAUCAGUAGGUGGAGCCGAUGCAUACUGUAUGUGUUAAGAUACAUAUCGCUUGUUCCGGUUACUAGUUUCAUAAGACAAACUAAUGGUUAGUUGAUAUUAAUAUGACCACUGCUUGAGAGAAAAUCACUGUUUCUUUGCCACCACUGUACCCUGAUGCAAGCAGACUUCACACACUGCAUGCAUGUUUAAUUAUGUUGUUGUGGCUAGAGUUGAAAGAUUUGUUUUCUGGUUAGUAUCAUAGGACCACCAGAUACUCAAGGUCGGUUUAGUGGAGGAAAAAAUGUUUAUGACUUGAGUCACACACAAUUUGCAAGAACAGAAUCCUUGAGGUCCUAUAAUCAGUAUAGUACAUAAACUCGUAACCCAGCUAUAGUGCUGUGUGAGCUGGUUUCCAUUUGCCAACCUUGACAUGGCCAGAGACAAGGACACAUACAGAAGUAGAAACAAAUGUUACGAUGACUUUCAAAAAUCCCUGUUUAGAAUACAUAAUAACGUCACCCUAUUAAAAUAAUGGUCUAAGUCAUUUUCUGAUGAAAAUGAGUUUUUGGCCUAUAUCACUCUUGAUAAUGCUGGCCAUCUCUGGUAAAAUUACCUCAAUCUUUAGGAGAAAGGGUCUGGCUCUUUAUGCCCUAUAGGACAAUGGCCUAUAUCAAGAGGGUGACUUAGGCCAUUGUAUUUUUGCUUAAGUCAACAUUUUUGAUUGAUUGAUUGGUCACACAUGAAGAAAUCAUGAAACGCAAUGGAUCUUACUUCUCAAGUAUCAGACAAGGCAAAUAAAGCAGGCGAGCCAACUGUACAUGAUUUGCGGGCUCUUCAAUGUAGCCCUGAUGGCAAGGUCCCGUACAAGCUAUCCUUCCCUGAGAUGGGGUUUUUGUGUGUGUGUUUUCCCAAAAACUGAAAAUGUGACUUAGGCCAUUUUUUUAAUAGGGUGAUGAUAAGUGCGUUUCAAGAGACCCAUCCAUCCAUCCCAAGGACACUUAACAAUAUUUCAUUUAUAUAUUGUAUGUGCGGUGUGUUAUAGAUGAGUAUACUGU